AUGUGACCAAAUACGGAAGUAAUCAUGCACAGUUUGUCUAGAUUGGCAUCAUGACUUAUUAGUGACACAAAUUUAUUACAAACUUAUUUUCUUGUGGGUUUUUUCUUAAGAUGUGUAUAUGAUAUGCCAGGUCAGCUAUGGUGAUUUGUUUCUUAAUCCACACGGUGUGUCCAGUGAGCGCGCUUUCCGCAUCCGAAAGUCGGAUACUGUAUGCGCGUGUGUUCGGGCCGGAGACCGGAGCCGAUGACUGCACACCGGAGCAGAGACGACUGAUGCAGAAAGAGAAACUCCACGUGGUAGCGAGGCAGGUGAGGAGUGCUGUGGCUCUGAGUAGGGAGGCCUCAGGCGGUUUGUGUGUGGAGGCAGUGCUGGGUGAGGAGGCUGCAGCUCUGGGUGAAGCUGACAGCGGUGUGUUUUCCCUGGGCAAUGCAGAGCUCUUUCCAGAUCGGAGUGUUGUUCUGUGGCUGGGGGUUCAGUCUCUAGCGUUCACUCUGGUCUGCAGACCACACGAGAACCUCCUGCUCGCAGAGGGAGCGCUUCGCAACAUUGCACGUCACUGCUUUGAGGAGCUACGUCUGCUGGGACCUGGUGCUGAGGUGUUGCUGAAAAGUGAUCGCGUGGACGCAUUGUUGCACAGACUGCUUCCCCAUGGUCAGCUCCUCUUCCUCAACCACCGUUUUGCCUUCGCCCUGGAUAAAGAGAUAGCGAGCUACGUGAGCAAAUGAAACCGUGUGUGUAUUGGUAUAAACAUGAGGAUUUGCCACAUAUUUAGAGAGUAAUAUAUAAACUACCUGAUAAAUGGAGGAUGUUCUAAUUUAAUAGGUUUGGAGGAACCUCUUCUUCUCUGAAGGUGUAAUAGGAUUCAAAAAGUAAAAGAUUGCAUCCACGAA